AUGGCAUACUCACGUCGACCUGUGCAAGUCAAUCUUCAGGCCCUCCUGGCGCAACCCAACCCCACAAUUGACCUUGGUGUCCAAUCUUACGAGACCUCCACGCGCAACUUUCUCAAGGCCGUCGCAAACUACAAGAACCGGGCGAUCACGACCAUCUCAGAGCGUCGAAAACACCAGGCGUCUGAGAAGAAGAAGAUCUUGGACAAGACACAGGCAGCGGAGGCGGAGACGAGCCAGUGCAAGUUGAAGGAGAUCGAGCUGGUGGCGCAGCUAGAGAGAGAAAAGGAGGAGAGGAAGGACGCGGAGUUGUCUGUUGCUGCGUUCAAACGACAACUCGCGACUCUACGGGAGAAGAUUGCGUCAGUGGAUACGGAUAUCGAGCAGUACCGAGCUCUCACAGAGAACCUACGAAGAGAGAAGAACAAGGAACGAUCGACGCUCAGUGCGCAUGCCUCCAAUAUCGACCCCGAAUCCCGAAGCUGCGAGCAGCGGCUGGCGUGCACAAUUGAAGGCGUGGAGAAGGAUCGCCUCCUCAUACGAUUCUCCCAGCUCGAUCCUUCUGACCCAGAACGCGAGGCGAGCUUCGUUAUCGAUCUCUCAAAUGACAUAUACAAAAUUAUCACUUCCUCGCCGCACCUGCCCUCAAUGCCGAUUCUCGUUAAUAAUCUUAACGAGAGCAAGGACAUAUAUACAUUCAUUAGGGAAGUGCGCACGGGGUAUAAGGGUUUGUUCGAUACGUCCUCGAGAUAA